AGUACCCAAUAACUUCUCCCGAAAAGGACAAUCCUGAAAUUGACUCUCGUUUUGAAUCGCGCUGGUCACUCGGCCGUACCUAAAUUACAAGCUACUCUCGAGAGACAGAGUUGAGAGGCAAAGAGGGGUUUCUUCCACGUUCUCUUCUCGCGUGCGAUGGUGCUUCCUCUGUCACCAACGCAAUAAGAGCGUUAGGGUUUCGCACUCCUUCGUCAUUGCUUUGGAGCGUUAAUGGCGUCCGUGUACAUUCCGGUGCAGAAUUCGGAGGAGGAGGUUAGGGUUGCUCUCGAUCAGCUUCCGAGAGACGCUUCCGACAUCCUCGACAUCCUCAAGGCCGAACAAGCCCCUCUCGAUCUCUGGCUCAUCAUUGCGAGGGAGUACUUCAAGCAGGGAAAAAUUGAUCAAUUUCGCCAGAUUUUGGAGGAAGGAUCCAGUCCAGAAAUCGAUGACUAUUAUGCUGAUGUCAGAUAUGAGAGGAUUGCUAUCUUAAAUGCCCUUGGAGCUUACUACAGCUACCUUGGAAAAAUAGAGACAAAACAAAGAGAAAAGGAGGAUCAUUUCAUUUUGGCAACACAAUAUUACAACAAAGCAUCUAGGAUUGACAUGCACGAGCCCUCCACUUGGGUUGGCAAAGGUCAGCUUUUGCUAGCAAAGGGUGAAGUAGAACAGGCAUCUGCUGCAUUUAAGAUUGUGUUAGAUGGAGACCGUGAUAAUGUGCCCGCUCUUUUGGGGCAGGCAUGUGUUGAGUUCAACCGCGGACGAUUUUCUGAUUCACUUGAGUUGUAUAAGAGAGCAUUGCAAGUGUAUCCCAAUUGCCCAGCAGCUGUGAGACUUGGCAUAGGUCUAUGUCGCUACAAAUUAGGUCAAUUUGAAAAGGCUAAACAGGCAUUUGAGCGUGUUUUACAGCUAGAUCCAGAAAAUGUCGAAGCUCUUGUUGCCCUUGCAAUAAUGGACUUGCGUACUAGUGAAGCUACUGGAAUCAGGAUGGGAAUGGUAAAAAUGCAGAAGGCAUUUGAGAUAUACCCGUACUGUGCGAUGGCUCUGAAUUAUCUUGCGAAUCAUUUCUUCUUCACUGGUCAGCAUUUUUUAGUAGAGCAAUUGACUGAAACUGCAUUGGCUGUUACCAAUCAUGGCCCAACAAAGUCUCACUCUUACUACAAUUUAGCCCGCUCGUAUCAUAGCAAGGGAGACUAUGACAAAGCUGGGGUGUAUUACAUGGCAUCUGUCAAGGAAGUCAACAAGCCCCAUGAAUUUGUGUUUCCUUAUUAUGGCUUGGGUCAAGUGCAGAUAAAGCUGGGAGAUUUUAAAAGUGCACUCUCAAACUUUGAAAAGGUCUUGGAGGUGUACCCAGAUAAUUGUGAGACAUUGAAAGCGCUUGGGCAUAUAUAUGUUCAACUUGGUCAAACUGACAAGGGCCAGGACUUUAUUAGGAGAGCUACAAAAAUUGACCCCCGUGAUGCCCAGGCAUUUCUUGAGCUGGGAGAAUUGUUAAUUCUUUCCGACACAGGAGCUGCAUUGGAUGCAUUCAAAACUGCUCGUACACUUUUUAAGAAGGGAGGUCAAGAAGUACCGAUUGAAUUACUCAAUAAUAUUGGUGUCCUUCAGUUUGAAAGGGGGGAAUUUGAGCUUGCUCAACAAACUUUCAAGGAGGCUCUAGGUGAUGGCAUUUGGCUAUCUUUCACUUCCUUUUUUUUUCCAAAUAGACAUGCAAGAGACAUGGUUGUUAGAUCUUUUGAUUCAGUGCAAUUGCAGUCACUUUCAGUGAAUGACAAGUGUCCCAAUGCAUUAUCUAUGCUUGGUGAGUUGGAGUUAAAAAAUGAUGAUUGGGUUAAGGCAAAAGAAACUCUCCGAGCAGCUAGUGAUGCAACUGAUGGCAAGGACUCAUAUGCUACCCUUUCUCUGUACAUGGGAUGUGAUUUAUCAAUGGCUUAUUUGUUUCUUUUGAUUUUAUUUUGCCUCCAGUAUCCAGACUAUAUUGAUGCGUAUCUGAGGCUAGCUGCAAUUGCAAAAGCUCGGAACAACAUUCUGCUAAGCAUUGAACUGGUUAAUGAUGCCUUGAAGGUGAAUGACAAGUGUCCCAAUGCAUUAUCUAUGCUUGGUGAGUUGGAGUUAAAAAAUGAUGAUUGGGUUAAGGCAAAAGAAACUCUCCGAGCAGCUAGUGAUGCAACUGAUGGCAAGGACUCAUAUGCUACCCUUUCUCUGGUAUUUCUGCUCUUCAGUGCACAUUUCACGUUAUUAUAUUUGUAUCCCAAAUCCCUGUAAUCCUGUUCCUGCAGC